AUGCCGGGCCCUGGACUGGAGAAUGCAGAAACGUCAAGCUGGGUGAAUCCAGCAGCGAUAGAGACAGCCACAGGCAUCUAUCCUGGAACGGUUUUACCGCCCUCAGUCAGCGAGUUGACCACAAACCCAGCACCAAGUGAGAGUCUGGUGGAUGCAGCAAGCUCACAAUAUCCAUCACUAUCAUCAACACCAACACCAACACCAACACCCUGGACCACACCGUCAAUUUCAACCUCAUCCUCUCCCACAUCCACCCAAACAAUAUCAACAACCAUAACUACAACCUCAUCCUCAUCCUCAUCCUCAGAAACAACCUCAGCGACCAGCAACUCAACCGCUUUCUCCGGCGGCCCGUCAAAAACAACCAAAAUCGCCAUAGCAGUCCCAGUCUCAGUAAUCGGCCUAGCUCUAAUCCUAGCUCUACUAUUCUUCCUCUCCCGCCGCCGUCGACGCCACGAACAGGAACGCAAAUUACGCAAUACGCUACCACCGCCCUACGAUAUAGCAACAUGCCAUCGAAGCGCGGUAUCAACGCAAGAGCUAAUGAUAUCACCCAAAUCCUCAACCCCAGAACCAAGACGUUCACUCUCAACCCCAGCAAUGUCUUCAGCGCCGAUGUCCAUGCCCUUGCCCAUUCCUCAGAUCCCGGUUAUCAGCAUCUCACCCUCGACGGAAAGUCGGGGUCGAACGCCCAGUCCCAACCGCAGUCCUGGCUUGAGCUCUGUGCACCGCAUGUCUAUGACUCGUGGACCUGAUGACUCGGAGGCGGAUAUUGGUGUUGCGGUUGCUGUUCCGAUGGAUCAGAGGCGGAGUGCUACGGAGCAGGAUUUUAGGGACCGGGUUGCGUCUGUUACGUCGUCAAGGGGGCCAUCGCGGUUGACUAGGAUGCCGUUUGAGGACUUUUCGGAUGAUGAAGUUGGUAUUGGGAUUGCUGUUGGUGGGUCGGAUGAUGAUUAUGAUGAUGAUGCUGUUUCUGAUGUGUCGGGUUUGGAUGGGCGGAGGAGGGAGAGGGACUUUGAUGAGGUUUCGGUGGUGUCGUCGUUCGAUGAGGUGUCGCCGAUAGGUGAGCAGGAGGGGAGGCGGUUUCAGGGAGUUUGA